AUGUCUCUUCCUUACUCACCGUAUUACUAUACCACUGCCGGAACGCCAACAGUACACACGCAUCUACGUUCAUGCUUAGCGCAGAUGCCAGCAUCAUCCAGUUACUUUAAUAAUGAUGAAUUUUUCAGUUCAACUGCGUCAAACUUUUCAAUUGAAAGUAUUUUGUCCCGAAGAGUUUCUGUACCUCCGUUACCACCGAUGCCAUUAACUACAGAUUUUGCUGCAGCUGCCGUUGCUGCUGUUGCGUGGCCUGGAAUACCACAUUUUCCAUAUCCUCAUCCUGGUCUUCCCUAUAUUAGUAAUGGCUUCAUCUCAGCUCUACACCCAUUCCAUUACGGUGGAAAGCGAAAACGACGGCAUCGUACCAUAUUUAGUGAGGAGCAACUCCAAAUUUUAGAGAAUGCAUUUCAAGGUACUCAUUAUCCUGAUGUGAUGCUGCGUGAAAAACUUGCGUUGCAGUGUGACCUCAAGGAAGAGCGAGUUGAGGUUUGGUUCAAAAACCGUCGAGCGAAGGAUCGUAAACAAAAACGUGAAUCUGAUGUAAGAGACAGUGCAGGGCAGAAGAUGAGUGCCUCAGACGAAUCAGAUUACGAUGUAUCUGAUGAUGAAGAUGAUUCUAUCAAAAUCAAAAAACAACGUUUAGCAAGCCCUGGAAGCACUCGGAAAUCAGAUGGAAAAGUUAUGAAUGUAAAAACGGAACCAAAAAGUAACAUUUAG